AUGCGGUGGUUCUUCCUGACUGGUUUCGUUGUUUUCGUUUGUUGGCGCCAAUAUUCAAAUGGUGAGGACUAUAAUCAUAUAUUUUCAUCUGUAGUAUUGUAUUUCAGUAACAAGAAUAAAGGAAAAUGUCUACAUUAUUGAUUCCGAAGCAGUCGGACAGUUUUUCGACGGAUACGGAGCCGUCAGUGGCGGGGGAGUCCGUCCGAGUUUUUCCAGAACUUUUAUAAUUAAAUUUUUAGGCGACUUCUAAAUUAAUGUACACUUACUUGCGUUCAGCUAGCGAGCGGCAAAGAAUCAUGGAAAUAUUGUUUAAUGUAAAUAUUUUUGUUUGUUUUGAAAAUAAUUGCGAUUUUAGAAGGAACACGGGCUCCAGAUGCUGAAGGUGCGGAUUUUCUUUGGUUUGGUUAAAUUUUCUUCCAUGCAAGUUCAAAGGCGCAGAAGUCUUGCAUGGCCCCAAAAUGGCAAUGAAAACAGUUCUCCGCUCGCUUGUCAGAAAUUUUUCCGAAAUUAGUUCAUUAUUUUUUAAAGCACUGAAUGCGAUCUCCACCAACCAUAUGAUAUUUCGUUUUUUCUUUUAAAUCGUGUCAGGACCCUUUUCUGAAUAGCUCAAGCCAACCUUGAAUUAGCUAUAUUUAUCAAACUUGAAUCUGAUCAGGUAGAAAUGGGAGGAGACGACCAAAGUACAGAAGGUACCGAGGCUUCUCAUUGGAGCGAGAGAGACGAAAUUCCUUCGGCGAGGUCCUACGAGUUUCAGCUCAUUCGAGAGGCUCGAUUGGUUUGUUUCAUGAUUUUUUGAUUAUCACUUUGAUUCUCCGCUGUGAUUAUUUAAAAAGACGAAAUGUUUGAGUUCAUUAUUUUCGAAUAAGUUUGGGUUACCAAGGUGAAAUCGCGGACCUCUGUUGAGUGAAACGAACACGCCCGGACGUGUCGGAUCAUUUCUAGGGAUCUCUUAAGAGCGCUGACACCGCUAAAGUGAUCCCUAGAAGAGCUCCGACUCGCUUUACCGCGUUUCAUCAUUGAUUUUUCCUGCAGAAAACUUCAUACCCCGAAAAAAAAACUGAUUCUCAGGCUUAAUUUUGAUAAUUUUCUUAACCAAACUUUAUAUAUAUUUCUUUUUUUUCGAUGAUAGUUCUGUUGAUUUUCCUAUGAAAAGCGACUUUUUCUCAUGUUCAGGUGAAUCCAGACCUACCGAUUUGCGUUUUACCUUGGUCAUUUCCACAUUGGCUUGGCCGUACACCUUAUGACAACGAAAAUUUAACGGCUUUGUUAGUUUUUAUCUUGAUCAGCGUUUGACGUUUGAUUACAUAGUUAAUUUUCUCGAACAGUCCGUCUUUUAAUUUUCAAAUGUGUCAGAUACGUUGUGGAAUGGCUUCGCAUCGCUCGAUUCGAGCUCAAUGUGGAAAUUUACUGUGUCGGCGGCUGGAACGAGCGGAAUUUCAGCGAGUCUUACUAUAGGGUCGGUCAAUCUUCUUACUUCCGUAGUUUUAAAAACAUUCUGAAAAAAAGUGGUUACAGAAAAACAUUUUUUAUUUCGAUGUAGUUUCACCCAAAGUUAUCAUUAGACCUUAGGAUUGCAGACAUAAUUUUUAAAGUCAUUCCCUCUUACCUUAGUCGGGUUACGGUAGGCAGUUGGGUUAUUGUCAAAAAUUUUGAACUGGCUACUACAGCCAGUGGAGACGAAACAGAUCUUGAAAAAACAACUCACUCUGGCAAUUUUGUAACCAGUACUAAAAGUCUAUUCCUUUUCCAGAAGUAAAAGUCUGUUCUAUUUUUAAAAAUGUGAUUUUUCACUUCUUUUCCAGUCAUUGCGAGAAACAAUGGACGAUAAUGGAUUUGAAAAAGUAAAAAUUGUGGCCGGAGAAGGUUUUCAAAUGAACGAACAGUAUGACAGACUGCUCGACCCGAAAUUCAUCAAUGAUUAUGAUAUUAUCGGGUAAAAGACUCACAAUUUUCUCAAAUAUACUAUCCAUUUUUGAGAGCUCAUUACCCUGGCGGCAAAAUUCCCGGAAAAGUGCAAAAGAGUGGCAAAACUUUGUGGGCCAGCGAGGAUUUCAGUACUUCCAAUCUGGAGAAUGGUCAUAAUUGUAUGGCGAGAGUGAUGAACUGGAACUAUGUUCACGGAAACAUCACUGGGUGUGUUAUAGUUGACUUUCUAUCGCUUGAAAGUCCAUGGUCGCACAUGUAAUGGCUUGAGUUUUUUUGAGUUUUCAAGAUAUUUAUGUAAUUUUUUUAAUGGUUUUCAAAAAUAGUUCAAACUAGUUGGGCUAUGAUUCAAUAUAUACUUGAUUUGAUGGUUUUUUCCCCAAAAAACGUCCUUACCGUUUUUUUUUAUUUUGCAAAAUCUACUCUUCUUCUAUCCCGGCUAUCCAACUAAAAACCUAAAACUUUUAAUUGAGAAAAAAGUUUUUCGUCUUCCUUGUUUCUUUUUAAACUUCAAGCCUAUCCUCUUUUACUCGCUCCUUAUUAAGCAAAGGUUUUUUUAGACGUUAAAAAAAGCUCACAUUUUGUAAAAAUUAAUUAAAAAUGUUCAGGACUGGCAGCCUAUGUUUGCAGGAAAAACAAUCCAAUAGAGUUUUUUUAACAUAAAAAUAUAUGAUAUAACUCGUUUGCGAACCCUACUUGGAUAGAAUACCCUCGGUUCUGACCGCAGAAUUUUUAUUUAUCUCAUUUCUACCACCCGAGUGGUCGGUCUUCAUUUCCGCUCUCGUCUGAGAUUUAAUCCGACGCCCGUCAGCCCUGGACAAGCUGGGCGCCGUACCGUUCCUACAUGGAGAAGCAGUGAUCGUCGGAAACGCUCGAAAGUCGUCUACUACUAUCACGAGAAAGACGAGAUGCUCUACGCGCCGUCUACGUUUGAUCAACGACAGUUUCGCAAACCGACGAACAACUCUUCAAUUAUUCCAUGAUUCAGCAGAGUACCUUCUCUGAAGACUGAAUAAAGUUUCAAAGGUUCUGACCGCAACGCUUUGAGCCAUUCCAUUUGCGACCAAGGAAGGGAUAAUAGAGUGUGAAAGAGAUCAAAACUGACAGAAGAUUGUUCAGAAUGUUGGUGUGGCACUUGAUGUCAGCUUUCUACCGACAUCUGCCAUGGUGGAGAUGCGGCCUUUCCUACCUGACUUCUUCAGAAUUUCGCACCGAAGCUUCAUUUGCAGCGCUCCGUAAUUCCAUCCCAUUGGAUGCUUUUUUCUUUUCAAACUCUUGUUCAGAGUACGUAACUGGAAACGUAAAAAGAGGUUGGAAAAUGUUGAGACACGGCGGCGGCAGUGGAAAACUUGAAGGCGGCGGCACUUAUGUUGGAUAUUCUGAUGGAAAAAGCCUCACAGUUGUUUUCGAGACAAUGGUAGGUUAUUUUUCAAAAAAAAAGUUGCUUCACGGAUAGCUUGGGACGGUAGGGGCGUGGCCUGGCUGCGCUCUCCACCAACCAGGAGUUAUUUCUUAUUUAUCGUGUCAGGACCCAUUUUUCGAUGGCUCAAACCAGCCGGGAAUCAGCUAUAUAAUCUAAAUUUCGAAGCAAUCAACUCAACAUGAAUAGUUCCUGGCGUGAAAUAUUGAGUAAAUACGAGGGUAUUUCUUUAUUGUUAUAAUUAGUUAAGUCUGCUUCUUAUAGUCUUUUUCCCGACCAAAAAUAUUGCCAAAAAAGCAGUUUUUUUUGCCUUGAUGUUAUUUAUGAAAUCGAGCUAUGCUCCUUUAAAAACCCUUGUUUAAACAAUCUACUGUGAACUGAAAAAAAACGAUCAAUUUUCUUUCUUGAAAAAAAACUUUCUACAUUCAAAAAACUGCAAAAAGUCUUAAUCUAACAAGUUUGAUUCUUUUUCUUUUCCGAGACUGAAUUACUGAUUUUUCAGUUAUUUUUUUCCUUCUAUUGGACUUUUGAGUGGGUCCCAAAACAAUGAAUAAGCCUGAGGAACUUCAAAAAGGCGGAAGUUCUUAGAUUUUAAGUGAGAAAAAUUCACGUGGGAACGCUCCUCAAGUACUUCUAGUGAUUUAAAAAGGACGGAACAUGGAAAUUGUCUUGAAUAAAUCAUGGGUUUCGUUUCAAAAGUGUCUUCUUAUUGUGUUUUUUUUCAACUUGAAAAAAUAUUUCAGAGCUAUGAGAAGUCCCUCUGUGAGUAUUCCAAUCCGGAUCCGUUCAUAGUUUCGCCUUCGCAAAUUGUCCGCUUCAAACUUCAAGGAAUGUUUUCUUGCCUGAAACAUCUUCACCUUUCGAUCAAUUACGAGCCAUCAAAGAAAAUAAAAGUGAGGAUCUAUUGAAAUUUUUAUUGCGACUUGAAAUGUCUUCCCUAUGGGGGCUGCCUUUUUCCCUUAACCCCUGUAGGGACCACUCAGCACCCAAACUUUUCAAGUCGCAGAGAAGAAGCUUCCUUCAAGAGAAAAACAGUCUUGAUUGAAGGUUCUUGAUGGGAUAGUUGAAUUCGAACUCGAAAAAGAUUCGAUCGGUGUUCUGACGUCUCUUCCGUCGUAUGUACCCGAAGAACAUGUCAUCAAGUUUGAAAACGUUCCUGAUCACUACUACGACGAUUUUGAAGGUUUAUAAAAUGCUAAAACUCAGAUUGGAACUUUGAGCCUACAAAAAAAUUGAAAAAAAUUGAGAUAACAGAGAGAGAAAUGGAAAAUGGCCUGUAUGACCCGUUCCGCCGCAGUUUUUUUUCCUGAUGAUCAAAUUUUGGCUUAAAAAUUUGAGCUGAUCUUUCCUGGAGCUGAACCUUGGCUUCAGAUUACACAAAAGGCGAGGAGCCACGUUAUUGGAUUCCUCAGAAAGGCUCUUGGGUCGUGGAAAACGGCGUCGCCGUCCAGAAAGUUCUGAAACAACCGAUUUGUUGGUGUCUAGGCGAGGUUGAGUCUCCCUUCGCUGUCAUGGAGUGAGUUGGUCUUAACGUCAAUGGAAACAACUUCUCCGUUUCGAGAUCUCAACAUAACAAAAAUCGAUUAUGAUCACGAAGUUUGAAUUCUCUGACAAAUUCAGGAAAUUGAAUUGCUUUUCAGCAGAAACUUUAAAGUUCAAUUAUUAACAUUACGAUUUCCCUUGAAUUACUCGAAGUUUCUGGGUGAAAUUUUCGUUAGAUUUGUUAUAGGAGUCUCUUUCCAAAUACUAUUAUAUCUUUUUCAAAGAUUGGUGAUAUCCUUCAGACUCACGAGACCAAUUAUUUCUGUGAAAUUUUAAAAAUUGAGAGUUUCAUUCGUUUCUUCUUGUCACAAAGUACAAAAAAUUUAACAUAAAUUCGAAAAAAAAAAUUAAUUGAAUCCAACGUAAACUGAAACUUUUAGAGAAUUCCCUUGAAGAUAGCAUAGAUGACUCUUCCAGUAGUUCUUUAAAUUUUUGAAAAAAAUGUCUGAGUGACUAGCUAGAGGUGGAUGAAUUGAAAGAAAUUUUUUUGCAAGAGAAUUUCAAAAUAUUUUUGAAAAAUUUUAUUUUUCUUUCCCAAAAAAUCAAAGAAAGAUUUAUUUAUUCGGCUGACUGAUUGAGGUUUUCCGAUAAACUUUUUGUUUUUUUAGGUUCAAAAACGCUCGACAUUCAAUCAAGACGAAAAUCGGGAUACCGAGGGGCUCCACCGCUCUGAGACCUUUCCUAGGAGUUCGCAGUGACUGCGGAGGUUUCUUCUUUUCUGAUUUUUGAGACGUCUACCAAUUCUUUUUUCGAUUUCGUUCAGGAUGUGACUUCCCACGUUUGAACUGCUCGGGAAUCUUCGCCGAAAUUGAAUUCCAGAAAGGCCGCGGCCACGUUUUUUCGCACCUCGGCUAGUUUUUUUUGUUGCCCUGCGCUUUGAACGCUAAAUAUGGAGAUUCUCGAGGUUUGCGUGAAUAUGUCUAGCCGCUUUUUUUCAAGUGGAUGCGCUUUGAAACGUUUGGAUUGGAUUGGAAGGAUAAAUUAGAUUUUGGGUUUUUCUGAAUAAAUUUGAAAGGUUUUCGAUUGAGCAAGAAAAAGUUUGAUUUUUUGUACUCGGAGGACUUUGAAUUCAGAAAAAUCAGAUAAAAACAAGUCUGAAUCGGUUUUAGAAACUUUUUAUUAGGAGAUAAAUUUGAAAAAGUUUUUUUAAUGUUCUAACUUCCGUAGUGAAACUUUUUUUCCAAUAUUUUUUUGAACCUUCUCGUCAUAAAGCUCGAAAAAAAUGAAUAAAUCGAAUAUUCCAUAGAUUCAAAAAAAUAGUAGACGCUAAAGAUUAUUUUGUUUUUUUGUGGAAGGAUGAGCACUAAAUUCCGGGAGAUCUUGUCAAAAAUAAAUUAUAGACUCAAGAAAAUUUUCCAUUGGCUAAACAAGGACAAAAGCAAAAACUGUAAUUAUACCAUAAAUUUUUCUCUGGAUCUUUUCAGAAAUAAAGGAAGGUUUGAUGAAGCCUUUUCUCCAUUUAGAUUGAGAAAACCUCAAUUUUCCAGAAUGAAAUCGUCAUUUUGAAAAAAGCCUCAAAAACCAAGCUUUUUUUCUGAAAACUUCCGACACCCUUGUAAAAGGUCAACCUCGUGCUCCUUUCGCUGCGUAGGUACAAGCCGAGGAUAACCAGAUCUGAAACAACGAACCACUUGAACUCAAAACGCUCUCGAGAGCCUGCGUCACAUUCGAUUAGCCCUCUCCCUUUAGGGACUCUCAUCCAGGAACUCGAGUAAAAACUUCCCCCUUUUUCAGUCAACCGGAAGCCAGUCGGCUCCUUCGACUUGGGCUUCGUUCCCCAACCCGACACCUUCUACAACUUCCAGCUGAUUCUGAAGCAUCGACAGGUCGUCGUCAAGUUCCACAAGGAGACCUUCAAGUUCAAACUAGACACAGAAACAUUGGCCAAAGGUCCUUUCUUGGUCAUUGGCUCUUCGGAGUUUGGUUACAGCGUUUGGGAUGAUAUCUCAGUUCGAUGA